AUGUCACUAGCCGCUGCUUCUGCCAGGCCCAAGUACGAGGUCGAAAUUGCUCCUAGGAGGAGGCAAAAAUUGAACCUCCUGCAAACCGCCUUUCUGGCUCAUAAAGCUCAGGACAAACUAUUCAAGGAGGCUGCAAAAGGUGACCAUGACCUCAGGCUCCUAGUCGGACAUGCAAGCAUGCUCAACUUUAUCACACUCGACCUCGCCAACGCCGAAAAAGAGCAGACGAGGUGGCUGAGCAGAUCGCCUCACAGUGCGCGAGGCGACGAGAAGCCCGAACAAGAGCACAUCGAGACCAUUGUGGAGGAUCCUGAAGGGGAGUGGGAAGCAAUGUACACCAAUAGCUUCGACGGAGAUUCAGAAUCCGACGAGGAGGAACAACUCAGAUCAACCACCGUCCCUACUCAUGAAAUCGACGCCAAUCUGGAGGGCUAUGGCGGGCCUUAUGCCGACAAUGCGCUGGAAAGGACUGCCACGAGAGACCACUACUAG